UUAAUUUUAAUACUUUUUAUUUAUACUCAAUUUUUAUUGGGUUUUAUUACUUUAUCUGAUACUUGUCAUGGUGAAUCUUUUGGAAAUUGUUUGGCUCAUUAUGUUAAAGGUUCAAUCUUCUUUUGGUUCGGUUUAGUAGCUUUCAUUAGAUAUCUUGGAUUUUUUGAAAAAUUUGGUUGGAAUUGGAAUUUAUUACAAAUAAGUUCUUUGGAUAAUUUUAAUGAUGAAAAGAAUCAAAAAGGAAAAAUUUCUUUUUCUUUAUUAGAAAGUAUUAUCAUAUUUUCUUAUGGUAUAUCAAAUACUUUUUUAGAACAUACUGGUAAAGAUCCUUGGAAUCAUAGAGAUAUUCAACAUGCCACCCUAGCUUUCAUGUGGUAAGUGGUGGGCAGGUUCAUUAGGUAUUAUUCUAGAGAAUAAAAAAUUAAGAAAAAUUUUAUUCUCAAAAUCAAAAAUUCCAAUAGCGAAUCCUAUACCAUCAAUAAUUUUUAUAAUAACAGCUAUAUCAAUAAGUUCUCAUCAUCAAAGGACCGAAUUUUCUUUAACUAUACAUAGACAAUUUGGUGGUUUCUUAUUAUUAGCUGGUAUUUCCAGAUUAUUUACUAUAAUAAUCUUAUAUUUUACAAAUAUUAUGAAUAAUAAUAAUAAUAAUA